AUGAGUGUUGAUAAUAAGUCUGGUAAAGAUGCUGCUGAUCUUGGUAUCACUUCUGAAAACCUAACAUACAUUUAUCCUUCAACCGGCGUAACUGGUCUAGCAGAUGUCAACAUUAAUUUACCAUGGAAUUCUCGAACUUUGCUUAUAGGUCCUAAUGGUGCUGGAAAAUCGACAUUAUUGCGUUUAUUAGCUGGAAAAACUCUUGCAAAAUUUGGUUCAAUUAGAAUAGGAGGCUAUGAUCCUUUUAGAGGCGGUUCAGAUGCCCAAGGAAUAACCACUUACUUGGGUACUGAGUGGGCAUCGAAUCCAGUGGUUAGAAGAGACAUGUCUGUAUUAUUGUUAAUCAACUCUGUUGGCGGUGACAAUUUUCCCGAAAAAAGGGAUGAGUUAAUUGAAUUGCUAGAUAUCAAUCUCAAUUGGAAAAUGAACAAUGUUAGUGAUGGCGAACGGAGAAGAGUGCAAUUGGUAAUGGGUUUACUAAAACCAUGGACCGUAUUGUUAUUGGAUGAGGUGACAGUUGACCUAGAUGUCCUAGUGAGAGCAAGAUUAAUAGCAUUUCUAAAAAAGGAAACACUAACUCGGAAGUGCUGUAUUGUUUAUGCUACCCACAUAUUCGAUGGUUUAUCUACUUGGCCAACCCAUGUUAUUCACAUGAGUGGUGGCAAAGUAUUGAAAAAUUUAGAAAUCGGUAAAAGUUUGAUUAUUGAUGAUAAAACUCAUAAUAUCAGCAAACAAGAAAGAAUUAAAUUGGAACCUGUUUAUAGUAUACAUCCUUUAGCAUUAAACUGGUUAGUUCAAGAUUUGGUUGAAAGAGGUUCGAGAGAAGAAGAAAAAAACAGACCUACGUGGGAGGAAUUGAAGAAGAAAUUUGAGCACAUCUAUUUCGAUCAACCAGACAGGGUUGGUGAAUAUUUUAGCAGAAAUAGAAGGUUAUAG